ACAUCUCAACUUCCACCUCUACAUUCGCUCGUACGAAAUCACAGACAUGGGAAACGACGGCGGCAGCAUCCCCACACGGCGCGAACUCGUCAAAGAAGCCGCCAAAGCGCCCACAGCGACCCAAAUCAAAGAAGCGCAAGCCGAAUCGCAAGAACAUGCGUGGAACCACGAUCCCUUAACCCGUAAACCACUUUCUUCCCCCGUAGUAUCGGACUCCGGCGGCACGCUAUACAAUAAGGACUCUAUUAUUGAGUAUCUGCUCGCGGAGGAGAAGGAUGCGGAGCAGGAGAAAGUGCUUGAGGGAAGGGUCAAGGGUCUGAGGGAUGUGGUGGAGGUCAAGUUUAAGGUAGAAGAGGAAGGAGAGAGGAAGAUUGGGACGGGGAGGAGAGAGCGCUGGGUGUGUCCCGUUACGAGGGAGGAGAUGGGGCCACAGGCGAAGGCGGUUUAUUUGGUGCCGUGUGGGCAUGCGUUUGCGGGGAGCGUGGUGAGGGAGGUAGCGGAGAGAAAUUGUGUGCAGUGCAACGAACCAUAUGCCGAGAACGACGUUAUACCCAUCCUACCCACCGCACCAGCCGACAUAGCACGCCUAAACCUACGCAUCAAGACCCUAAAAGAAAAAGGCCUCACCCACGCGCUCAAGAAAGCGCCCGGCAGCAAGAAGCGGAAGAAGGGCGCCGAGAAGGCGACGAACGGCGAACCCUCCGCCAACGGAUCCGCCAAAACCAACUCCAGCACUUCCGAAGAAGACAAGGAGAAGAAAGACAAACACGCUGCAAGCGCCAACAACGGUAUCAAGAACGCGUCAACGGCGUAUCUGACGAAGAAGGUGCUGGAGGAGCAGCAGGAGAGGAAUAAGAGGAGGAAGCUGCAGCAGAACGAGAAUGUGAAGAGUUUGUUUUCGAAGGGCGAGAAGGGUCCGAGUAUGGGGAAUAGUGCGGAUUAUAUGACGAGGGGGUUUAGUAUUGGGAAGAAAUGAGUAGGGAUAGGGCGUUGCUGGCUCGGCGUUGGAAGGGUAUGGCAGAUUACUUCACUGCGGAAUGAUACCAUGGCAUGACUGCUUAGUGUGUAUGCAUUGGGAACGGCGUUUUGCAGAAUGGUAUGAACAUCUUGUGGUACGAGAGUUUAGCCCCGCUGAUCUGACCCGCGUAGGUACCGCAGACUCCGGGGGCGCAUGCCACGGGCAGCCUGUAGGCUUAGCAGCUUACAGUGCUGAAAUAACUCUGGCAUAUGGAUGCGAUACUCCCACUAGGGGACGACCUUGA